GCACUAUAAAGCACAUUUGACACGCUGGGCGCUGCGUACACACAUAUAGAGAGAUAGCGUCUCUGCAGCCCAGGAGUAGUGAGUACAGAGCUGCAGACCCGGCAGCGGAGGCAGCAUUGCAAUAACUACAGCGGGAAAUUCAGAAUGUUGCAGACUUAUCACUAGAUGAGCCAGGUAUGAGACUUGCUGGAGCCCUGCGUUGGGGAAUGGAGACAGCACACCUUCUGGAGCUCCCAGCAACUGCUGGAGGAACGCUGAGCAUGGGGGACCCGGAGUAAUGAGAAAUAACCGAGGAGCUGCCCCCUGAUUGCUGCAUGUCAGACUGCACCUGGAGAGAUAGCCUCCUCUGUAUACCAUAUACACCCCCUCUGUACACGCCGUGCAUGGUGCUGUGAGCUCUGCCACCGCCCCGGGCUCCUGCGCCCACCUUGCGCCCUCCGUCUGGCUCUGGCGCACGGGGACUUCGCGCACCUAUUACCUGUGCGCGCUUGGAUCGGGCACUGUUGGCGUAAUUGCGCAGCCCAUGUUAACGCUGGAUCUCAGCUGGCUGAAGGAAGCCCUGCCCGCUGCUAAACUGCCUCCACCCCCGGCCUGGGGAGACCCUCAACCGCCCCCUCCCCUGUAGCUUUCCCUGGGGCAUUUGUUCCUUCCUUGUCCCGCAGUGGCUCCGAAGUGCUGCUGUGGUGGUGGCGGUGGCUCCUCCACCCAGCCGGGACCUCUGGAUCCGGAGAGCGGGACUGCUGCUGCUCCUAGUGAGCGGGCACUGAAAGCUGGACGCAUCAAGAGGAUGGUGCGGCUGGCAGCGGAGCUACUCCUGCUGCUGGGGCUUCUGCUGCUAACCCUGCACAUUACUGUGCUCAGAGGCAGCCCUGCCAGUCCUGCCAAUGCCAGCCUGCAUCAGAAUGAACAACCCUCUUCUGAAGCCAGCUUUCCAUUUACCCAUGGUGAAAGACAGGAGUAUCUGGAUGAGCAAGCUAAACGCAGGUCUCUACCUAAACACCGGAUUAUGACCAAUGGACAUUCCUCUUUACAAAGAGAUGGACCAGGCUCCUUCCUUUUGGAUCUUCCAAACUUUCCAGACUUGUCGAAGGCUGAUAUUAAUGGACAAAAUCCAAACAUUCAGGUUACUAUUGAAGUAGUCGAUGGCACAGACACAGAGCCAGACAAUGACAUGCAAAAGGAAAACAAGCCCAGCUGGCCAGUUCCAUCACCGGACUGGAGGAAUUGGUGGCAAAGGUCAUCAACAUUACCCAGGAUAAAUUAUGGAGGCCAGGAUUACAAAUAUGACAGUACCACUGAGGACAGCAACUUCUUAAACCCUCUAGGUGGGUGGAACAGACAGAUUCCCAGUCACCGUACGUUUGAUCUGAAAGAACAGCCAGAGUAUGAUUAUGCUGAUGGAGAGGGAGACUGGAGCACCUGGUCUGUGUGCAGCGUAACAUGUGGAAGUGGAAACCAGAAACGCACCAGGUCUUGUGGAUAUGCCUGUACAGCCACAGAGUCUAGGACGUGCGAUAUGCCAAAUUGUCCAGGAAUUGAAGACACCUUUAGGACGGCAGCAACUGAAGUGAGUCUCCUUGCGGGGAACGAGGAGUUUAAUGCUACAAAGUUAUUUGGUGUUGAUACCGACAGUUGCGAACGUUGGAUGAAUUGCAAAAGUGAAUUCCUGAAAAAGUAUAUGCAUAAAGUGGCAAAUGACCUGCCAAGUUGCCCUUGCUCUUACCCAACCGAAGUCGCAUACAGCACAGCUGAUAUAUAUGAUCGCAAUAAACGGAAAGAGUUUCGUUGGAAGGAUGCAAGUGGUCCUAAGGAGAAAUUAGAGAUUUACAAGCCAACGGCGAGAUACUGUAUACGGUCAAUGCUGUCUUUGGAGAGUACCACACUAGCGGCCCAGCACUGCUGCUUCGAUGACAGCAUGCAAAUAAUAACACGGGGAAAAGGAGCUGGUACCCCGAAUCUGAUCAGCAUAGAGUUCUCUGCAGAGCUCCAUUAUAAAGUAGACAUAUUGCCCUGGAUCAUGUGCAAAGGUGACUGGAGUAGGUAUAAUGAAGUCCGUCCACCAAACAAUGGACAAAAAUGUACUGAAAACCCAUCAGAAGAGGACUACUUAAAACAGUUUCAAGAAGCCAGAGAAUUUUAAGACUCUUGUUGCAAUGUACAAACAUGUUGCCGAAGUUGGGUCUUCAUAGCCUAGUGGGAAUAAAAACGAUGCAUAGUUUUAGCAGUAGUCUUGUGUAUGGUCUAUUUGUACGUCUACAAGGGUAAUGCUAAACUUGCCAUGUUUUGUAAGUAACCAAUGCAAUGUAAACUUCUGUAUCUAGAUUACCAUAUGUAUUUGUAUAUACAGUAUAUAUAUAUUUGCAGACAGAAACUUUUAAUCGUCAUGAUCCUGUGAAUUAUUAUUAUUAUUUUUUUUUAUUUUUUUUUUAAAUAAUGCAAAGUUGAUUGACUCACACAGUAUAUUAUAAAGAAGACGGGACUGCAUCUACAAAGCCUCUCAACAUUUUAAAUGAAUGUGACUUGACCUGAAGAUUCCCUUCUCUAGGUUCUUUUGGUGGACACCUAUUUGGGUUUUCUCUAUUUGCUCUAUAUGGCUUUAAAAAGAAAAAAAAAUGAAUUUAAGAAGAAUGGCAGAAAAGGGAUCAUUACAGUUAUAAUAACUAAACAUAAAAUUAUAGGAUUGUAAACCUUGCGUUUAGGUUGAUAAAAUAAAGGCUACCUUUUUUUUAUUUUUGAGAAUGGACACCAUGGCGAUACGCAGUUGAGGAAUCCAGGGUGGCUCAAUACAUGUGACUUCUAUUUCAGGGACUAAAAAGAUUAAGAAAAGUGGCACUUUCUCAAAGACAAUAUAUUCCGUGUUUUGUGGUCCUGUUUUAUAUUUUAUUAAGGCUAUACAGCCAUGAAACAAAUGCAAUUUUUAAAAGAGAUUAUUUGAAUAAUGUGUGCAGGACUCAUUUGUUAUUGCUGUUUACAAAUACUACAAUAUUUUUGUAAAGUAUUUAUUAUGUUGUAGUUCUAUAUCAUGCAAUGCGCAUGUCUGUUAUAUUGUGGUUUAUUUUAAAAAAAAAAUGUAUUUCUUUUUUUGUCUCUUCUGGAAUGUUUUCAUAAAUAUGGGACAUGACCGCAAAGUUUUAAGAUGAUGAUCUUUGUCCAUGAAGUAGACCUCUAAAUAAAUUCACCCAAAGAGUU